AUGGUCUACUACUUCAGCUCCAACACCGUGUCUCCUGCGGCCUUCAUAUACGUCGGCAAAGACAAAGUCGAGAAUGAAGAGCUGAUCAAAUACGGCUGGGAUGAAGACGUCUGGUUCCACGUGGACAAUCUUUCCUCGGCACACAUCUACGUGCGGUUGCCCGAGGGGCAAGACUGGGAAAGUAUUGAUCAAGGGUUGUUGGUCGACUGUGCGCAAUUAACGAAGGCGAAUAGUAUCGAAGGCAAUAAGAAAGACAAUAUCAUCAUCGUGUACACACCAUGGUCCAAUCUCAAGAAGGAUGGAAGCAUGGCUGUCGGUCAAGUGGGAUUCAAGGACCAGCGCAAGGUCAAGCGAAUACAUGUGGAAAAGCGAGAAAAUCCCAUCGUCAAUCGCCUCAACAAGACAAAGACCGAGAAGUACCCCGACUUAGCUAUGGAGAAAGAGGCUCGCCAAAAAGAGUUGAGGAAAAAGGACAGGGUCGCGCAGCAGGCACGGAAGAAAGAAGAAGCCCUAAUCAUGAAAGAGAGGAAAGAGCAAAAGUACCAGAAGGAUCAUGCCUACGAUGAUCUCUUCACCGAAGAGAACAUGGCGUCGGCUAGCAACCAAGAUCGGUCUGAGGAUUUCCUGGACGACUUCUUCUAG